AUGGUGUUUUUUUUCUUUUUGGCUGCAGUUCUCCAACGCAGACCGGCGCCUCCAGCUGCGAAACGAUUCUUCUCUCUACUCUUCCUUCUACUCUCCACCUCCGCCUUCUUGCUCGAGUUUCUUCCAGGUUCGACUCUGUGGAGGAUCUGCAGAGGCGCGUACGCCGCCGCGCGAAGGUCCGCUGUGUCUGUGCCGCCUCUGGGGUCUCCCUUCUUCGCUUCUUACCCGGCUCGCCGCAGAGAACUGACUGUUUCCUCUGAAUUUUCCCGAUUUUCUGCAGAAUCGUCUUCUCCUUUCUUCUCGUACGUGUCGCCAGCACCGAGUUUUUUCUUGAUUCCGCUCCCUUCUUCUCACUCUUCUCCUUGCUGCCUCACGUCUCCUUUCUCGCGCUCUGCCCUCUCUCAGGCGAGGUCUCCUGGCGCCGCUACUGCGCCGUCGUGUCUGUAUUCUUUUCUGCCCUCGUCUGUUUGUGUCUCGUCUGCCUGUGUCCUGCGCCGCCCACCUCGUUGUUCUUCACUCGCUUCCACAUCGUCGCCUCUGUCCGCUGCAUCGAACUGGUCGUCUUACCCCUUUCCUGCAUUUUUUUCUCGUCGCGUCUUCAGGCUCUCUCCUUCUUUCCCUUCUCCUUCUUCCUCUCCUUCUCUUCCUUCUUCUCUUCUGUUCUCUUCUUCUCGCUCCGCGCUGGGCGCCAGCGCGAGCGAGCGGUCGCUGGAGGCUCUGAUCGGCGAAGAUUCCGUGCGUUAUGAGCAGGAAGACGCAGCGCGAGGGCGGAAGCGCGCGGCGCCACCGCCUGUCGCGGAGGCCUCGGGCGAGGCCUAUCACAUUCUAAUUGCGCCGGCGGAGUCGGCUGAGACAGCGGCGAGGAGGCGCGAACGCGCAGGAGCGGAGGAAAGGAACGCAGACGAAACGCAAAGUCAGCGAGGAGACGAAGAAGCAGAAGGUUUGAGCGCAGCGCAUCGCGUUCGCGAAGCCCUGCAGGCGCUUCUGUGGGAGUCGAACAUCCAGGGCGAGGUGACCCUUGACGUGUUUCCUUCCGAGGCCGCAGCGGAGGCGUUUCUUGCGCGUCUCCGCUCCGAAUCGGCUGAUCGCGGAGAGGAGAGAGAAGUACAAAACUCGGAGGAGGUGGCAGAUCCGCAUGUGGCAGACGCGUCGGCGCGCGACGAGGAAGAGCCGGUCCUUCACGGGGCCUUGAAGGAGACGUUGCCUGCCGCCCCGCCUGCGCUUUCUCCGCUCUUUUCUACAUCGGCUUCAUCAGCAUUUUCGAGUUUGUCGCCUGCGGCUUCGCCUCAGUCAGGCUGGGCGCUGCCGCGGCCGGUUCGGGUGUACGUACACUCGAGUGCGCGGCCAACGGUCGUCUCGGAGGCGAUUUCCGACUUUUCAAAGAUCUCGCUUUUCGCCGACGCGGUUGUCCCGCGCGGCGCGCGGAAGGAGGCCUUCGGCGUCGCGCUGAAGAUUCUCGAGCGCGGCAUGCGGGAGGCUGAGGAGCGCGGAAAAAGCGCGACGGCGGCGGCGCUUCUCGAAGACGCGCGGCGCACGCUUCCGCUCCGCGGCGGCUUCCUCGUCUCAGACAUCUUCAAGAAACAAACUGAAAUGUUUCUCCGCGAGAAGAAGGGGCACGAAGCGGUCAACGCGGCGGUCCACGCGGUGGAGGCGGCGCCGGAGUGCAGCGAGGCAUGGGGCACGCUGGGUGACGCCUACCGGUCGCUGCGGCGAUUCUGGGAAGCGCGGAGUGCCUACGACAUCGCGGCACAUCUGUCUCCCUCGAAGAACAGAUUCGCGUUCCUGAUUCUCGCGCUCGAUCGCGCUCUCCAGGGCGCCGACCGCGACCCCGAACUCCUUCAGGCGAACCUCCCGACAGUCGAGCCGGCGACGUUGAAGAUGCCGACCGGCUUGGCGAUCGAGGCGAACGAUUCGACGCUGGGAGGCUGCUACGUCGCGUACGUCGCGGAGGACAGCAAGGCAGACAAGGCGGGCGUCCGCCCAGGUGCCCAGGUCGUGGCUGUCGGCGACCAGGUGUUGCUGGGUCGGCCUCUGUCAGCGUGUCUGGAGGCGCUGACGUUCCCGGCGCGCGCGUCGCGUGCGCAGGCGGUGCCUUCGCUGCGUUUUCUCUUCUUCCACGGCUGUCUGACGGAUCUCUACGGCUUCCGCGCGUUUGCGCAUCUGCAGGCCGCGGGGCGGCUCGAAGAGAUCUUCGCAUUGGUGCGACGGAGCGAAGAUAUCGUGCGGCUGAUGCGCGCGCGCGAGAAGGAGGAGGCGCGCGAGUUCGGAUUUGGGCAGACACACGUCGGCGCGCUGCAGGUUGACCGCGCCUACGGCCGCCACGCGGACUUAGAUGACUACUUGAAGCGCAGACAGCUCAUGUAG